AUGGUGAGGUGCAAAAUACCAAAAUAUUGUGAUGAUAAUGGAGCAUAUGUGGUGGUAACGGACUAUGGUGAGGGAGAUAGGACUGACUUCAUAUUGAGUCCACGUGCCUUUUCAAAAUUGGGGCGCAAUGCACUUACAUCCCAAAAAUUAAAGAAAUACGGAGUAUUGGAUGUUGAAUACAAAAGGGUUCCUUGUACAUUUAAAGGCAACAAUAUUGUAUACCAAAUCAAUGAAAAUACCAUAAACCCUGGCUACUUCGCCAUCAAUAUUCUUUAUGUUGGAGGAACAUAUGACGUCACUGCUGUUCAGAUAUGGAAGAAAGAACAACACAUAUGGGAGGCCAUGCGUAGAUCUUAUGGUGCUGUAUUUGACUUUGCUAACCCACCCGAAGGUGAAAUCCGAUUGAAAUUUCAAGUCAGUAGCAAUGUUGGGUCCAACUGGGUGGUGUCACAGUUCACAAUACCCGCGGGUUGGAAGGCUGGUGCUACUUAUUCCACCAAAAUUCACCCUUAUUAA